AUGAAAUUGAGAAUUAAAUUCCAAUAUAUGUUAGGCAUCAUAUUUCUAUCUGACCUUAUUAAAGGAAUAAUAGAUAAUUAAAUAUCUAUACUAAUUUGGAUUUCAGUAUUGCUUACUAUAAAAAUUGGUAAUAAUUCUUAAAAUUAUAGUCAGGAUAGCUUAUACUGAUCGCUAAAUUUAAAAGAUUCUAGUAAUCAACCUACUUUAUCUUAUUCUGUUAUAGUAUAUUUCAACUCUCGCAUUAUGGAACAUAGUCUUUGUGGUUUUUGUUGUGUCUUAUAGAAAUUUAUUAAACAGAAAAUAACAAAAUAAAACUCUAUUGUAAAAUCUUGUAAGUUACACUUAGCAUCAUUUUGUCUUCACUUCAUUAUUAAGGUAAUAUAAAGUAUUCAGAAUUUCAAUAAAUUAUAUAUUUUGUGGCAUUUAUAAUCUAUCAACUUUUUAAAGAUGUUGUUCAAAUAAUUAGAAUUGAAGAAGCUGAAAAUGAAAUACUAUAAGAAUUAAAGAAACAAAUCAUCAUUAAAAUAUUUGAUUAAAAUUAUGAAGAUAUUACACCAAAUAGUUCACCACAAUUAGAUGCUAAUCCUUACAUAUUAUUAACCUAAAACACAUAAAUGGAUGAAAAUCAAUAAUUUUAUAUUAAAUGUUAUUAAGACAGAGAUUUUACAUCAAGUCCUGAUUAAAAUUCAAAUUAAUAAUAAUAGAUAUUAUUUUAAGAUUGUAUUUCCUUUUUAAAAUUCAUUAAUAAUUAAGAUUCACUUGAUAGCUCUGAAUACAAUCAUUAUAUAGCAUCUUUAAUUGAUGUAUAAAAGAAUAUCAAAUAAAAGUUUAAAGUAAUUCAUAAAACAACAAGUCUAGGUAAUAAGUAAAUUUUAGCCUUUUGGAAGAUUGAUAACUUCACAGUAAAAUAAACAAAAUAAAAGUUUUCUCAAUUUAAAAAGUAAUUUACUGAUCUUUUUGCUCAUAAACUUAAAACUCCCUUGAAUGCAUCAUUGGGAUUUCUCUCUUAAGCCUAUAAUAGUAUAGAUGUAGAUACUAAAACAAAAUCCAACUUUAUAAAGCCUGCUUAUAUUAAUUCAAAAUUGUAAUACUUUUAAAUUUCAGAUUUAUUGGAAUUCUUAAGUCCUUAGACUGAUAAAAUUACUGUAUAAUAGAGUAAAAUCAAUAUGAAAUAAUUUUUAUUGUCUUUAUCAGAAUUAAUUGAAUCAUAAUGUAUUAAUAAAAGAAUCUUAUUUCAAGUUUUUGUAGAAUAGGUUCCAUUGUAAUAAAUUGAAAAGUAUAAAAUAUUAAUUUAAUUUUUUUAGCUUUUAUAUAAUAUCAGAUUUAUUCAAAUUAGAAAGAGUGUUAUACAAUAUUUUAAAUUAAUCUUAUAGACAUACACCUUCUGGUGGUUAAAUAAUUUUGAGUUUAAGUUUAAAUAAGGAACAUACAGAAAUAAAUUUUGUUAUUGAUGGAAGUGGAUGUGGUUUCAGUGAUGAAGAUAUUGAGAAUAUUAAUUUAUGGAUUAAAUCAUAAUCUGAUUUUCAAUUUAAAAAAAAACAUUUAGUUAUUAAAAAAGAAUUAAAAAUGUCAUUAGAAAUUACUAAUAAUUUAAUUAACAUUUUAAGUUCUUCUGAGUAAAAUUUAGAAGUAGCUUAAUCUGAAUAAGGUACAGAAUUUAGAUUUAAAAUUAAUAUUAAAGAAAGCAAGACUAUGGAAAGUUAAUAAGAAAUAUAAUCUGUUGGUUAAAUGCUUAAAUAGAGAAGUUUAAGAAAUAUGAAAAGCUCUUAAAAUAAUAAUUGUAUGAUAAAAUCAAUAUUCUCUGCUCCAGAUCCAUAUUUAUAAUUAAAUUCCUAAACAGUGCUUGAUGAACCUUAAGCAAAUUAACCAUUAACAAAUAAAAUUAGUUUUAGUAAAUGGUAAAAGAAACAUAAACAUUUAAGACGUGUACGUUCUUCAUUAAUGAAUAAAGGUCUAAUGGAUACUGAUAAAUCAAUUAUGAUUGUAGACGAUGAACCAUUUAAUCAUGAUACACUUAUUUUAAUGAUGAAAACUAUGGGAUAUAAGUAAUUCUUGAAAGCCUUUAAUGGUUAAUAGGCUAUAGAUAUGAUUUAAUAAAAUCAAUUAGAUAUAUGUUUGAUUCUGAUGGAUUUAGAUAUGCCAAUUAUGGGAGGUAUUGAAGUAUCUAUUUUCUUUAUAUUAAAAAUAGGCUACAAAAAUAUUAAUUUAAAUGAUGAUUGAUUUAGAAUUAGCCUAUAUUCCAAUAAUAGGAUGUACAGCUCAUGAUGAUAAGGAAACAUUAGAAUAAUGUAUUGAAGUUGGAAUGCUACAUGUAGUGUUGAAACCUGUCUUUGUGAAAACAUUACGAGAAGCAUUUUAAUAUAUUGUAUUUAGUGAAGAGGUUAAAAAACGAUCAUAAUAUAUAUUACCUUCCUAAUUGUAAAUCUGA